CCCCGCCCGUCUGUUUGUCUCUCGGUGCCCUCACGCUCGGCCAUGCCUCUGCGCCCGACAGGGCUGCCAAGAGACCGUGCUCUCGGCACUGUGAAGCUGUAGCGGGGAGGGCCGUACCGCAGCGACCCGCUGCUUCGCUCUCAUGGCGGAGACCAAAAUCAUCUACCACAUCGAUGAGGAGGAGACGCCGUACCUUGUCAAGCUGCCUGUGGCGCCUGACAGGGUCACGCUGUCAGAUUUCAAGAAUGUGCUCAACAACCGGCCGCUCAACAGCUAUAAGUUUUUCUUCAAGUCCAUGGACCAGGACUUCGGGGUAGUCAAAGAGGAGAUCUCUGAUGACAAUGCCAAAUUGCCUUGCUUUAAUGGGAGAGUGGUGUCAUGGCUUGUUUUGGCAGAAUCCACGCAUUCAGACGGAGGUUCUCAAGGUACAGAGAGUCAGGCAGAGCUGCCACCUUCACUGGAGAGAACGGGUGGCAUUGGUGACUCCAGACCCCCCUCAUUCCAUGCAAAUGCAGUAUCAAGCAGAGAUGGGCUAGACACUGAGACAGGGAAUGACUCCAUUCUUAGCCAGCGACGUGAUAGAGGUCGUCGACGGCCCCGUGAUGUUAUGCGAGUCAAUGGUCAUUCAAAGAUAGAGCGAACUGCUCGAGAUUCGGCAAUGGGCUAUGAUAGUGCAUCGAUGAUGAGCAGUGAGCUGGAAACAAGCUCCUUCAUAGAUUCGGAAGAGGAUGAAGAUGCCAGCAGGCUCAGCAGCUCCACAGAGCAGAGCUCCUCCUCUCGACUGAUGCGCAGACACAGACGUCGCCGAAGGCGGCACAAACUACCCAAGAUUGAUCGGGCAUCCUCUUUCAGUAGCAUCACGGAUUCCACCAUGUCCCUGAACAUUAUCACUGUCACACUAAACAUGGAAAAGUACAACUUUCUUGGCAUCAGCAUUGUGGGGCAGAGUAAUGAUCGGGGAGAUGGUGGGAUCUACAUUGGCUCCAUCAUGAAGGGAGGUGCAGUGGCUGCUGAUGGCAAAAUUGAACCUGGUGACAUGCUGCUGCAGGUGAAUGACAUCAAUUUUGAGAACAUGACCAAUGAUGAUGCUGUGCGGAUUUUAAGGGAAAUUGUGUCAAAGCCAGGAUCAAUCAGCCUGACUGUGGCCAAGUGUUGGGACCCGUCACCUCGCAGCUACUUCACAAUACCACGAGCAGAACCAGUGCGCCCCAUUGAUCCUGCAGCUUGGAUCUCCCAUACUACAGCUCUGAGUGGAACUUAUCCUCAUUAUGAGUUUGAGGAUUUGCCCCUCAGUGUUGCAAAGACUGACAUGGCUACUAUUGUGAAGGUGAUGCAACUGCCUGACUCAGGUCUGGAGAUUCGAGACAGGAUGUGGCUGAAAAUCACAAUUGCUAAUGCAGUGAUUGGUGCUGAUGUAGUUGACUGGCUAUAUUCACAUGUGGAUGGCUUUAAGGAUCGACGAGAUGCCCGCAAGUAUGCCAGCAGUUUACUGAAGCAUGGCUAUCUGCGCCACACUGUCAACAAGGUCACCUUCUCGGAACAGUGCUACUAUGUAUUUGGAGACUUGUGUACCAACAUGGCAUCUCUGAAUUUAAAUGAAGGCUGUAGUGGUGUUGGGGUUGUAGAACAGGACACUUUGGCCCCAUUACCAACAUCAACUACUGCUUCAAAUCCUUGGCCUUUAGGAGGACAGGCCUAUCCUUACCCCUUCCCCAGCACCCAUCCAGGAUUUCCUCCUGGUUAUUCAGAUCCAUGCCACAGUUUUCACAGCGGCAGUGCUGGCAGCCAGAACAGUGAAGGAAGCAGAAGCAGCGGGUCAAACCAGAGCAGCACAAAAGGCACAAAGACCUCGUCUAAAGAGAAAGACCGCAGGUCGGCAGGCAGCGGUGGCAGCGAGUCUGACCCUGCGUCGCGCACCGGGAGACGGAGUGACCGAUCAAGUCAGCUGAGCAGCCGGAGCCACGGGCACUCUCACCACUCGCAUCAAGGUCACAAUCCUUUUUCACGGAGAAAAACGCCCGUCUUGCAGAGCCACAGCUCUUACUCUCAUCACAGCCGCACCUCCUUUUCCCAGAGUGAGCAGAGCCAUGCCUCUUCCUAUGGCCCGCCAGGCCUGCCACCACCCUACAGUUUAGCCAAGCUGUCACCCAAGGUGCAUGUGAACAGUGGGCCCCCGGGGGCCCCCCCAGUCCGAGAGCUGGGGUCUGUGCCCCCCGAACUGACUGGCAGCCGUCAAUCAUUUCAGUGUGCAAUGGGUAACCCUUGUGAGUUCUUUGUGGAUGUCAUGUAACAAGAAUGGCUUGUCCUACUCAGUAUCCAGCGUCCCACAUGUAGGUUGAAAGUCAGCCAUUGCUUUAAUGGUCACAAGCCUGCAUUGUCGGGGUGGAUGUGUCUUGUGAAAAGUGAUGUUGCGCCCUCUUUGGUGCAUGCAUGUUUGUUCCCUGAGGACUGAAGAGGGCACCACACCCCCAAAAGGGAGCAGAGAGUCCCUUCAAUCGAUGAUACUUUGGGACAAUCCAUGGCAGACCGCCUGGUAGCUCUCAUCCUGGUGCCGACAUUACUCUGGCUCAGUGGGGCUUCAGGGCCGCCUGCCAUUUUCAGGGCCGUGCACUGUUCCUUUUGUGUGAGUGAUAUUGUCUUUAAUGUGCUGUCUUCUGACGCAAAUCAGACAAUCUUGGUGAAGUCGUCUACUACUGAUAAGUGGGAGAGGGGGUCACCCAAAUGGUUCUCUCAGUCCCCUUGCAGCGAGUCUGGUCAGGUACAGUGGAGCUCAUCCUGCAGUGGCGUGGGUGGGGCUGAAGGUGUGACAGCCCAUAGUGGGGGGGGACAGAAGGCUAUCCACAUCUCUCUGGCCAUCUAUAUACUGUGGAGAGAUGUCUAAAGCAAUAGGACUCCGAAGCCGAUGCCUGCAAGUAGCUGGCGCUGGCCUUCUGGGUGCUGGAUUGGCUUAAGCACGCACUGUGGUGCUUGAUGUUGCCCUUGCGCUAAGAUUAUUGUGUUUCUUGCUCAGCUAUGCAUGAUCACUGAAAUACACAAACGCUGCAGCUGAGCAUCUUUGUCCUCAAAGGUCUGCGGAGACCUUUGGGCUGCCAUUGGUAGCGGGCUCUUUACGUCUGAAACUUGUGAUGCCAGUGCUUAUCAAUUUAUCUUGACUUUUGAGCAUCUCUGACAGAGGUUUACGUAAACCUAAGGUAAUAAGCUGCUUCUGAAGAAGCCUUUAUAGAAAAGACGCAAGGGGACUGACCGAGACUUGAGGUUGUGACCCCACUGCCCUACAUUUAAAGCACUUUUUUUCUUUCAGGAACUCACCAAUAACAAUUCCCUAAUUUUUUUUCUUUCUUAAAA